GAGUCAGCGCUGACAGUAGUGUUGAGCUGCAGAAGAGAAGUUUCUGACCUUCAUUGCCAUCUCUCUGAGACUGGAGUGUGAAGGGCCGAAGCCCCUGGCAGCUUUAACACAAGAUGAAGACCGUGCUCAUGGUUGCAGAAAAGCCAUCCUUGGCCCAGUCCAUUGCUAAAAUCCUCUCUCGAGGAAACAUGUCCUCACACAAAGGGCUGAACGGAACGUGCUCAGUGCACGAGUACAGCGGGACCUUCGCUGGCCAGUCCGUCCGCUUCAAGAUGACGUCUGUCUGUGGUCACGUGAUGACCUUGGACUUCCUGGGAAAGUACAACAAAUGGGAUAAGGUGGACCCCGCAGAGCUGUUCAGCCAAGCGCCAACAGAGAAGAAGGAAGCUAACCCCAAGCUGAACAUGGUGAAGUUCCUGCAGGUGGAGGGCAAAGGCUGCGACUACAUCGUGCUGUGGCUGGACUGUGACAAGGAGGGGGAGAACAUCUGCUUUGAGGUCCUAGACGCUGUGCUGCCGGUCAUGAAUCCAACCCAUGGUGGCGAAAAGACAGUGUACAGGGCCAGGUUCAGCUCCAUCACGGACACGGACAUCUGCGCCGCCAUGGCCCGCCUGGGCGAGCCCGACCACAACGAGGCGCUGUCGGUGGACGCCAGGCAAGAGCUGGACCUGCGCAUCGGCUGUGCGUUCACCAGGUUUCAAACUAAGUACUUCCAGGGAAAAUACGGCAAUCUGGACAGCUCCCUCAUCUCCUUUGGGCCAUGUCAAACCCCUACCCUGGGCUUCUGCGUGGAGAGACAUGAUAAAAUCCAGUCCUUCAAACCGGAGACCUACUGGGUGCUGCAGGCCAAGGUUAAUGUGGAUAAAGACAGGUCUCUUCUCUUGGACUGGGACCGAGUGCGAGUGUUCGACCGGGAGAUCGCACAGAUGUUUUUAAACCUGACAAAGCUGGAGAAGGAAGCCCAGACGUGUUUCGGAAAGGACAGUUACUGACGCUUGCGGUCACUGCGGUGUGCCAUGCCCCUGCUCCGCCCUGGGCACUGCCCCACAUCCGCCACCUGCCAGCCCCUUUCCACGUGACCCCAGGGGCGUUCUCGCCUUUUGGCAGGACUCCAUUUCACACAGAGGUCCCUUUUCUGUGAUAUUGAAUGCUAACAGCUCCAGAGGGACCUGUGUGCACAUCAGUGGCCCUGUCCGGGGUCCCACAGCUAGCAUGGGAUGUCCCCACCUCGGUCAGCUUUCAUGGCCUUUAUGGUACUGUGGCUCUUACUCAGGGUCUUUAUGAAUUUGAGGGUCACGUGCUUGGCUGUUAGAAGAGGGUGAUGAGGGGCUGGGUGCCCCAGGUGGAGGAGUUCCACCACCAUUACCUGAAGCCUUACCAGCUACCAGAGUCGUGGAGGUGCGGCUUGGUCUCCUUCAGCCGCCUCCUCUUAUCCUUUUCAAGCUUUCUUUGGGUGCCCUCUGCUCAGCUAUGCAGUUGACUCAGGCUUCCAGAACUUUCUCCAAAGCUGCUUCAUACUUUUAUCUUCGGUCAUGUUCCUCAAGAGACCCCCUCACCACCAUCUCCAGAUCUCACCCACAGUGACCCCAGCCUCCACUAUAGCACACACCCAUUUUGGCCUAAAUUCGCCCCCACGUUUGUCCAUCUGGAAUUCAGAAGGCACUGCACUGACCCGUGGCCAGGUCUCCAUGGGAUUGGGAGGGGCAAGGCGUCAGAGUUGAGUUGUUUGGAUUGUUUUUGCCACGGGCAAAACAGUCGUCCCUUCUGACAGCCGUUCAAGCCCAGAGUUUGAAGCUGACCGGUAUUUUAUUUAAACUGCAUGGUGUUUACAAAUACUUAAAAUAGUUACCAACAUUAGAAAAUUACAAGAUUUCACGUAAGAGUCCGGAUUUGCAGCUUUUGUUGAUGACCUGGAAGAUGGAGCAACACCAGUAGGCCCUGGUGGGAGUGCUCGGGUGCAGCAAAGGGUAAGUGGCUGCCCCCAAGGUGGGCCCGUGCUCCGUGGCCUGGCCCAGGCCUCAUCUGCCAUCCCCCUGGCCUGGCCACCACUGGCUCCUGGAGGAUUUUGAGUUUGCAACCCCUUCUCCUGGCUCUUUGCCAUUCUUCCAAGUUUUCUCUUUCCCUAGAAAUUCUCUAGAAAAGAAUUUUUUUUCUUUUUCCCUUCCUGGGCCUAAAUAAAUAUUCAAGUCUUGAGACCACUGUGAAGAGUGAAAUCGAGAAGCAGGGAGACCAAAUGAAUGAAACGAGACCCUUUGCCCACACAUCCGGGUUCUCUGUUACGGCAUCUUUCCCCCUGCCACCCGAAUCCCUGAAUCUGUUCUGUCUUCUAUUUAGGUGGAGGCCACAAGCAAGAAAGAGAAGGCAAAGCAGAGGCCCCUCGCCCUGAACACUGUGGAGAUGCUGCGAGUAGC